GGGCGCCGGAGGCUGCGGCGCGGAGGGCUGCGGCGGCCCCGACCUCCCGCGUCCCCGGGGGCGGCGGCGGGCUUACUUUCCUCAUCUGCAGAAUGGAGCGCUAGGGCCCAUCGUGUUUUAAGGCUCUUCCACCCGACAGCCUCCGGGACGGGCCCCCUUGCGGCCUUUUGCUGGGGCUUUCCAGUCUAACAAAAACAAAACCCGAUUUGCGAAAAGGGCUCACCAGCUCAUUAAAAAAAGAAGUAUGACUGGAAGGUCUGGUUGAAAUGCAGGAUCAGCAAAGGAAGCCCAGGAGCCACUGAGCCUCAGGCUGUGCUCACUUGCUGGCUCUGCCUCCCCCCUGGGGUCUGACCCCGGCCCCCGAGUCCUCCUGGGGCUGCUGCAGGGCUGAGCGGAGCCGUGGGCCAGGACACACUGGAGGGUGACGAGCGGUGGGCCAGGACACACUGGAGGGUGACGGGUCCACCCUGCCCUGGGCCGGCCUUGCCAACACCCACGGCUUCCACGCUCUGCAGCCUGCGGGUUGGUCCAGGGGCUGCAGGGCAAGUGAAGCCCAGCCGGCUGCUCCAGGAUGAACCAGGGCGCCAGGAAGGGGAAGUAGACGCCCGGCGAUGGCCUGCGAAGCACGGCCGGGCCCCGGCGCCGCCGCCAGCCCGUUGCCCACCGCCUCCCCUGGCUGGAGUGCCUUGCCUGGAGGGAGUCCUCCGGGCUGGGGCCAAGAGCUCCGCAAUGGCCAGGUCCUCACCGUUCUCCGGAUCGACAAUACCUGUGCCCCCAUCUCCUUUGAUCUGGGCGCCGCAGAAGAGCAACUGCAGACCUGGGGCAUUCAGGUCCCUGCCGACCAGUACAGGAGCUUGGCCGAAAGCGCCCUGUUGGAGCCCCAAGUGAGAAGAUACAUCAUCUACAACUCCAGGCCUAUGCGGCUGGCCUUUGCCGUGGUUUUCUAUGUGGUGGUGUGGGCCAACAUCUACUCCACCAGCCAGAUGUUUGCCUUGGGGAACCACUGGGUGGGUGUGCUGCUCGUGACCCUGGCUGCCAUGAGCCUGACCCUGACCCUCGUGCUCAUCUUCGAGAGACACCAGAGGAAGGCCAACACCAACACGGACCUUAGGCUGGCGGCUGCCAACGGAGCCCUCCUGAGACACCGGGUGCUGCUGGGGGUGACGGACACGGUGGAAGGCUGCCAGAGCGUGAUUCAGCUCUGGUUUGUCUACUUCGACCUGGAGGACUGCGUGCAGUUUUUGUCUGACCACAUUCAAGAGAUGAAGACUAGCCAAGAGUCCUUGCUGAGAAGCAGAUUGAGCCAGCUGUGUGUUGUCAUGGAAACCGGGGUGAGCCCCGAGACAGCCGAGGGGCCCGAGGACCUGUUGGAGGAUGCUCCCCUCCUUCCCGGUGGCCCUCAGCCCGAGGAGAGGCCAUUCAUGCAGACUGAGCUUCGCCAGCUUAUCCCCGAGGCUGAGCCGGGGGAAAUGGCCCAGCAGCUCCUGGCGGUAUUUGGUGGCUAUUACAUCCGGCUCCUGGUGACCUCGCAGCUCCCCCAGGCAGUGGGGACACGACACACAGACUCUGCAAGGAUUCCCUGCCCCUGUCAGCUCAUAGAAGCCCAUAUCCUGGGUACUGGGUGCUGCCCAUUCCUGGCCAGGUGACCUAGGGAGGAAGGCACCCAGUGUCCUACAAGCCUGAAGGUGAGACAUCAGGAAGACUGGGAGCUCCAGGUGGCUGAAGGCAAGCCCCAGGUGAGGAGAGAGGCAUCUGGGAGUUCUCUGAAGAGCGUCAGUCACGUCAGCGGGGUAUCGUGCUCACUCUAGGACUCCACACAGAAAUGCCUGUGGACAUCCCAUGCUGACCCCUGACCCCAGAAGCUGCUGGUUGCCAGGCUGGUCCCACUCCAAACUACUCUCUGUGCUGCUUAGAACUGGGGGCACGGAUGGAAGGCCACCCUCCCAUGCCUUUCAUUGUGUGCGGAGCCCAGGAAAUGUGAAGAGGACCCAACCACGUGUCCAAAGCUCGGUCUCAGAUGCUGCUCCCGUCCUCUGCUACUUCGUGUUGGAUGGGGAAACUGAGCCUUGGAGAGGACUCUGUUCUUUGUACCUUGCCUUGGGCCUCUAGAAUUCCUAAUAUGGAGGACAGAAGCAAAUUCUCAGAACCUUCUUCACUUUUAAGUUUCUCCUGCCCUAUAUUAUAUGAAAAACUAUGGCCCCGUGUUGUUUGUUAGCGCACAGGCUUCCAGGGGACAGGAGAACGGGACCAGCAGCACGUAGCUGAUAAUGGGUGGGACUAUUUGGAAAAGAUCGGUUCUGGCGGAUUUGAGGCUGUAUUUUGUGUAGAGGCAUGCAUGCUUGUGGUUGUGGUUGUGUUUUUAUACUUCAGGCCUGGAGCCACGGUCCUGUGUUCUGACACUACUACCGUUCCGGAGUGGAGUAUCAUCUGUCACUUGUGGUGUUCCUCGAAGAGCUUGGGGGCUUCCAGGUCUUCUGCUCCUGAGAAAAUUUGAAGCCCAAUUAUUCCAAAGGCCCAAAUCCUAAAGCCCUGGCCAGGCAUAUAAAGUCUCCCCCAUCUCCAGGACCCAGCCCCCAUUCUGUAAUUUUGGCUUCAUCUCCCACAAAACUUCUCGAUAUGUUGAAACUCUUCCCUGGACUAACAUACUCGUUCCGUUGCAUCUGCCUGGACCUGCUAGGGGGAAAAAAAAAAUCUAGUGCGUUGAGUGCUUUGUCAUCUCCAUAGUAACUUUUGCAGAUUGUGCUGUGUUCUCCGUUGAAUGAUGAGGUUAGCACAGACCUGGGCUCUGGUCCCGCCUGACAUUUCUAGCUGUGCAACUUUGGGCCAGUUCUCAGUUAAUUCAUCUUUAUAUGUAUGGGUAUAGAGUGGACAGGAUGGAUGAUUCUUAAUUGCCCUUCCAUAGCCAAAGUUCUGGCUUUUUCCGCUCCAGGCUAGCCCUUGGCCUGUCUGUUAUGUUUUUAUCUAUAUGUCGAAGGGUCCUCUAGCCUCGCAUGACCGGGGUGUCCCAGCCCUGAUGGGCCUUUGGAUAGAACAGGGGCCUUGCGAGCAGGAGACCUGGAUUCUCAUCCCAGAUACUCCGCUUCCUAGAAGCAUGAGCGUGGCUACAUCACUUACCCUGUCAGAGCUCCAGUUGACUCCUUUCUAAAACAAACAGAUCUGGUGAACCUGACAGGUAAUCAUGGGGGUGACUUGCUCGUGAGAGACCAGUCUGUUCAUUUGUUUUCUCUGGGCCAGAGAAGAGAAAUCAUGUACAUAGACCCACCCUUGGAAAUGGCCAUUUUAGACCUUUUUCUUUAGCCAUUUCUCUGCGGGCAGCUGUGCUUAGUUAAGAGUAGUUCCUGGAGGCAGUCGCUGUCUUCUCACCUGCCACAGAGGAGAUGCGCGCUGUGAGUGGGAUCUGUAGAAGCCCGUAUUUAUCACCCAGCCAUAAAACCCUGGUAAGUCUCAAACAGAAUAAAAAUGUGUAUGUUAAAUGACAAAA